AGUCUAUGAUUGGCUGUAUGUACAUAGCUUUGAAUUGUAAACUCUCACAAGUUUAAUCAUACAAUGAUUUGAGUGUGUCCACUUGCAUAAUUUCUCACUUUCAAUCCUUUAUAUAUAUAUACACACACGAGCAAUACCUUGUACAUCAAAUAUAGACAUAGUGCAAGGCAUAGAGGAGAGAAAGAGAGAGAUGGAGCUAAAGAAAGGAUCUUUAAUGGUGAUCAUGUUGUUGAUGGUCAUGGGGAUCAUAGGAGAAGCUCAACUCUUUCCAAACUUUUAUCGGUCUACUUGCCCGAAUGUCGAAUCAAUUGUUCGGCAAGCGGUGACGAGGAAGAUACAACAAACAUUCGUUACCGUUCCGGCUACUCUUCGCCUUUUCUUCCAUGAUUGUUUUGUUGAGGGUUGUGAUGGAUCAGUUUUGAUUUCUUCUCCGAGAGGAGAUGCCGAGAAGGAUGCGCCGGAUAAUUUGUCACUUGCCGGAGAUGGUUUCGAUACUGUGAUUAAGGCCAAGCAAGCUGUGGAAGCUCAAUGUCCAGGAGUUGUUUCUUGUGCAGAUAUCUUGACAAUUGCUGCUAGAGAUGUUGUUGCCUUGUCCGGCGGUCCCAACUUCCAAGUAGAACUAGGCCGCCGAGACGGCCUGAUAUCGUUCCGAUGGAGAGUGACCGGCAACCUCCCAGGCCCAACCUUCAGUGUGAACCUUCUGAACUGGAUAUUCCGGAAGAACAACCUAACACAAACAGACAUGAUUGCUCUAUCCGGAGGACACACCGUUGGCUUCUCCCACUGCACUCGCUUCGCCAACCGUCUCUACUCCUUCAACUCCACUCACCAGACAGACCCUUCACUGAACCCAUCAUAUGCUCGGCAACUCAUGCAAGCUUGUCCGCGCAACGUGAACCCACUUGUGGCCAUUAACAUGGACCCUACUACUCCAAAUAGCUUUGAUAAUGCUUACUUUAAAAACUUGGUUAAUGGUGAAGGCCUUUUCACUUCUGAUCAGGGAUUGUUUACUAGUUUCCAGAGUAGAGCUACUGUGAAUGCCUUUGCUUCCAACCAGGCGAGCUUUUUCUCGGCGUUUAGUGCUGCCAUGGUGAGGCUUGGGAGAACUGGUGUUAAGACUGGAAGGCAGGGGGAGAUUAGGAGAGAUUGCUCUGCUUUUAAUUGAGUUUUAGUUAAUUUGGUGUUUUGUUUUGUUGGUUGUGGGAUCAUUGAAUAAGUGAGUAUUGUUGUUUUAUAUAUAUUUUUUUUGUUGUGUU